CUGAGACCAGUGAAUCUGAAAACAAGAAGGCAAAAGUUGAAGAGCCUCGCGCAGCGGAUACUGAGGGCCCAGCCAUGAAGCGGAAGGACGAAAUGGAGAAACCCAAAGCUGAAGUUGUGCAGGAGAAGCCAAAGGUGGAAGGUGUCAAACCUGAGAAGCGAGAGAAAAGGGCAUGGUCCGAAGUGGUGGCACCUUGGGCGAAAAGGACAGAGGUGAUCAGCAACCUGGGCGCUGGGGCACCCGAAUUUGUCCCUUUGGCGCAGCAGCUGCAAGAACUAGGUGUCCAUGACUCUAGCGAAUUGGGCAUCACCACCGUGCGGGUGUCUGGGCUGUCGCCUGAUACCACCGCCACGGGACUCUUCCGGCAGUUGGACCUUUGGGGGCUUGGAGGAUCCUUUGACUUCCUGCAUAUCAUGUCCGAAGCGGAUGGCAGCGCCUAUGCCAACAUCAACUUCAUUGAUCCAGUUUUCGUCUCGCUCUUCUGCUGCCUAUGUCAGGAGUACCAACUUCCAGCAGAUAUCUCGGUGUCAGAAGUGCAGGGGAUCAAGGCCCUGACGGCUCAGUGGGUUCAAAGCGGUGAUCGCAUCCAAGCGGUGGUGAUUCGCAAUGCAAUGCCUUCACAGUGGGCGGUGAAUGCAGUGAAUACCAUGCUGUCGCCGCAGCUGAAGGGGCAGUUUCGAAAGACAAAGCGAUGUGUCAACCACAAGAAGAAUCGCUGUGACCUAGGCGCAGAUUGCCCUUUUGCUCACAGUGAGGAGGAGUUGAUGCCAAUGCCAGAUUUGGCAAAAACGAAGAUGUGCUACAACUACUUCCGCAGGAGAUGCAACGAUCCCACGUGCAAGUUCGCGCAUGGCUUUGGGGAGCUUCGUUCUGUUUGGACCUAUCCCAUGUGGCCAGUGGAGGUCAUGCAGGGCUUCGACUUUAGCCAACCGCAGGCCUACCCUACCGAUAUGUGCUACAUGCAGGAGGAAUCGCAAGGUGAUGCUUUCAGUGCGGAGCGCCCCGCCGCUCCUGAUGACAGCGAGCAAGGAGACUCGAUUCUUUUUGAAGCUUUGCCUAAAGACGAAGGUACUCGGCCUGUGCUGGACUACAAGGUAGCCUUGCGGGUUCGCAGGACGUUUAUGGAAGUCACGCAGGUGGAGGACAUGGAGGAUGACGAUGAUGACAUGCCCAUUGGAACCUCUAUGCGACGGUCCUUCAGCGAUAGCCACCUUGAAACCUUGAAGGAGGCGAUGGAGGAGGACACGGAGCUCUAGCGAAAGGCUGGAGGAGAAGUCCGACCUCAGGGGCCUGGAAGUGGCUUAGCAGCCCGGCCUGGAAGAUCUCUUCGGAAUCGAUUCGGAUUCUGUUGCCCAAUUCACUGGCAUCACACAGCCUUGGGAAGCGGCACUGGAAGAGACUCAAAGUCGCUCUUUCGGUGAUACAUG